AUGUGGGCUAAAAACUUUGAAAAGCCUAAACCCAUAGCAUUCACAUUCAAAGAUAUAGAAUUGGCCACCAACGAUUUCGCAGCUGAAAUUCUGAUAGUAGAAACUAGUACUUCAAAGGUUUACAAAGUGCAAUGUUUGAAAUCAGAAGAGAAUGAAGAAGUGGAGCUUAUCAAUGUACUGGUACAUGUUCUUAAGUACACUAUUACAGAAGGAAAUGCGAGUAGUAUGCCUGAUGUAAUGGUCCCUUUGUUGUCAAAGUAUAGAAAUAUAAUUUCUAUUGUUGGCAUUCUUAGGGAAAUGGAGAAUGAAGAGGUUAAGAUUAAAAUGAUCAUCACCAAGAAUGAGGCCAAUGGAACUUUAGAUAAACAUUUAAGUAGCCAAACCCUCAGCUGGAUCCAAAGAUUGUGGAUAUGUCUUAGUAUUGCACAGGCAAUACGAUACAUUCAUCAACAUUUUAGUUAUAUAUGUGUUAUACAUGGUAACAUCAAAAGUUCCAGAAUAUUAUUAGAUGAUAGAUGGGAACCCAUAUUAUUUGGUUUUGAUUGCUCCAUUUUUGUCGCAUCAAAUGUGCCACUUGCACGAAUAAGUAACUAUAGAGGUGCAUUAGAGUACAAGGAUCCAGCAUUUGAGAAGACAGGGGGCAUAAGUUUCAAGUCAGACGUUUUCUCGUUUGGGGUGGUUUUGUUUGAAAUCUUGUUUGGGCAGAAAGCAUCUAUUCAGAAUUAUAAUCAAUGGUAUUUUGCUGAUUUGGCAAGACACCAUUACGAGGAGAAAACAUUGGAGAAAAUGAUCGAUCCUCAUCUAAGACAACAGAUGGACUCGCAAUCAUUACAUAUUUUCUCAGAAACAGCAUAUUGCUGUUUGAAAAAGCAGCGAGAACAACGUUUAGAUAUAAUUCAAGUUAUCAAAAAGCUUCAGAAAGCCAUGGAGCAUCAGAUUAAACAUGAAAGCGCACUGGAGGCAGAUAAAGUAGGUACACCCAUCGACUACUGGAAGGGAAAAAACUUGGAACAUCUGAAGAUCCAACUUAGUGAAAUAAUGUUGGCGACUAGGAAUUUUGCGGAAACAUACAUUAUUGGGUCGGGCGGAUAUGGUAUGGUGUACCGAGCGGAGCUUGAUCAUUAUGAUAGUAGAAAUUCUUUGUAUAUAAAAGAGGAGGACAGAGAUGUGUGGCCAAAAAAGCGUAGCGUUGUAGCUAUUAAACGCAUCCUAGAUGCAAAAGGAAAAAAAGGAUUCUAUGCAGAAAUCGAAAUACUUACUAAUUGUAAACAUCAAAACGUAAUCUCUCUUCUUGGCUUUUGCGAUGAAGAUCCUCAUAUGAUCCUUGUUUACGAGCUUGUCUCAAAUGGAAGCCUAGAUGAUUAUUUGGAAAGCACAACUAACUACAUCAACCUGACAUGGGGUCAACGUAUACAUAUAUGCCUUGAUAUUGCUCGUGGAUUGAAUUAUCUCCAUACUAAGACAAAGAACAAACCAACCAUUGUACACCGAGAUAUAAAGAGCGCGAACAUUCUAUUGGACAACAGUUGGAAUGCGAAGAUUGCUGACUUCGGGUUGUCAAAACUACACCCUAUGAAUCAAAUAAGCAGCACCUUUAAGACUAAUCAUUUAGCUGGCACAGAAGUGUAUAUGGACCCAGAGUAUAAGGAGACGGGUAAGUUGAAGAAAGAAUCAGAUAUAUACUCUUUUGGAAUAGUACUAUUUGAAAUAAUGUGUGGGAGGCUUGCAUAUGAUAAAUUUUUCUAUGGUGGCAACGACAAUGGGAUUCCAUCUGUUGCACGACGACUGUUUAAUGAGGGGAGAUUAAACGAAAUGUUAGAUCCUAACAUAAAGCAAGCAUACGGAAAUAUCUUUUUGAUAAACAGAGGACUCAAUCAAGAUUCCUUGGACAUAUUUUCAAGAAUAGCAUAUCAAUGUGUAGAAGAAACUCGAGCAAAGCGUCCAACAAUGGAAAUCGUCAUCAGUGAACUUGAAAGAGCGUUAUCCUAUGAAGAAAACCACAAGGACAAUCUCAAGAUUGCAGUUGAAGACAUCAAAUUGGCAACACAAAACUUCAACGAGAUGAAUUGUGUGGGAAGUGGAAGAUACUGGAAGGCAUACAAGGGGGAAAUUUCACAUGCUGAUGCUGAUGGACAUACAACUGUUGUUGCAAAGCGUUGGGAUACCGAGUAUGAUAAAAAACAUCAUCAAUUUUUGUCAGAACUUGGUAUUCUUUUCAAGUUUAAGCACAAGAUUAUCAUUGAGGUUGCGGGCUAUUGUGAAGAAAUGGAUGAGAGAAUUGUUGUUUAUGAGCAUAUGUCUAAAGGGAGUCUCGAUAAGUAUUUAAAUGAUGCUAGUCUUACAUGGAUGAAACGCCUAAAGAUUUGCAUCGAUGUUGCAAGGGGAUUAGAGUUUCUACAUAAUGAUGACGCUAAAAUGGGUGAGUGGGUGAUACAGAGAAUCAAAAGUGCUAACAUUCUACUAGAUGGUAAUUGGAACGCAAAAAUUGCUAAUUUUGACAUGUCCAUAACAGUUCCAUAUAGCAAGGAAACCGAUGAUGUCAUCAAUGAUGAUUAUGAAACAUUGGUUUACCUCGACCCACAGGAGAUGCUGUUUGUAUUUCCCCAUUCGGAUAUAUAUUCAUUGGGUGUGGUUUUAUUUGAGAUUUUCUGUGGAAGAUUGGCAUGGCUAAAGGAGUGUGAAGAUCACUCUCAAUCUUUAGUCCCUUUGGUUAAAUGUCGCUUUGAUGAAGGAAAACUUGAUCAGAUGGUGUUUGAGGGUAUAAAGGAACAAAUUGUACCCAAAUCAUUGACAACAUUUCAAACGAUUGCAUAUAAAUGCUUAAAUGAUGUUCCUGAAAUGCGGCCAAAGGCAUCAGAGGUGGUAAUAGAACUUGAAAAAGCAUUGGAAUUCCAGGAGGACUUCCAAAUAUGGAAAACCAAAUUGCCAAAAGAUUACAAUGAAAUACUUCAAAUGUCAAAAAUCUCGGGUAUCUACACUGCCUAUAACAACAAGGACCUUUAUGACAUGUUCAAGAAUGGAAUUCUGCUUCAACAGAACUAUGUGGCCAUACAUGAAAAUAUAGAUGAGAAGUUAAAGGGAAUCGAAGUAGUUGACAGUUCUAGCUUUGAGGUCUUGAAACAUGAAGAAAUCGAGAAGACAGAGAAAGUACAUGAAGAAUUGCAUAAGCGAUCUGAAAACUCUAACGACUCUGAAGAGGUUCCACAAAAGAGAGAAGAUGGAUGGAUGGAGGUUGUCGUGUGGAAAUUCAAUUCAACUUUGAGACUUCGAGAUGAUUUUGUUCCUGUUCAUUUGAAGAUGAUAACUUAUGAAGGAACAUUUUCUGGCCUUAUUUUAUGCGGCAUGGAGGUUCGAGCAACGUGA